AUAGAGAGAUCACCUGUAGGGUCACCAUUCUCCUAUUGAACGCAGGUCUGGUGUCCAGUAUCAGGUGUUUCGGGAUCACUGGUUUCUAGGGUAGGCCUCUCUCACCAGGUCUCUCUCUGUUUCAGUGUUUUGUCUGGAACAAAGGAUUUGGGCAAAAAAUGGUGAGUGUUUCCUCCUAAGCAGUUCUGACAUGGGCUGAGCUUAGGCAGCUUUGGUUGAGUCCCAACUUUCAACCUGUGUCAUCCCCUCACUAACCCUCUUCAGUUCUAAUUUUUAAAUUCGCAUCAUCACACCCAUUUUUGGUGGAAAGUCUUUUUCCUUCUCCAGAAAGCUUCCGGGUGCCUGACUCUUCCCUAUCAGCACGGGUGAGUCAGGAAGGGGACCUCCAGGUCCUUUAAUAACACUGAGAGGAAACACAGCCAAGGCUGGCACUUAGAAGGCAGACGCAGAGAGCUGGGGAGCUUGCCUCACGUCCCCAGUGGAUCUGAGGCUGUCGCCUACUGGGUGUGUUGGGUGUCCUUUUCCAUUGGGCAACCCCUCAGCUGCUUCCAGGUCCCUUCCCUAAGGAGGGGUCAGCUCACAAGGAUGGCACCCUUGCUCAGAAGACAGACCUGAAGCAGAAUGAAGACCGCAACGUUCGGAUUAUUACCCCAGCCCUCCAUCUGGGCACUGCCCGGGGCUGUGAUUCCCCAGGGCAGUUCUGUGACCAUCCGCUGCAGGGGACCUCCAGGAGUAGUCAGAUGGCAGCUACUUAGAAUAGGAACUUUCAUCUCACGGUACGACAGAACCUCAGAUGGAUCCCAGGGAGUUUCCACGUUUUUCAUCCAGUCUGUGACAUACUUCAAUGCAGGAAUUUACUACUGUAUAUACUGGAAGCAAGGAGUCUGGUCAGGACGCAGUGACCCAUUGGAUCUGGUGGUGACAGGCGUAUACAAGGACACACCCUCCCUGACUGCUCUUCCAGACCCCAAUGUGACCUCAGGAGAGAACGUGACACUCCUUUGUGAAACAUCUCAGUACUAUGAAAUCUUUAAUUUGACUAAAGAUGGAAGGAAUGUCUCUCCUCAGGAUUUUUUACGUCAGGACCAUAACACCUUCCUGAUCUCUCCUGUGACCCUUGCCCAUGGGGGUGUCUAUAGAUGCUAUGGUUCUUCUAAAAUCUACCCUCACAGCUGGUCACUGCCUAGCAACCCUGUUAAGCUUUUGGUUACAGAUCCACCUGCUCCUGGAAAUGGACACCUUCCCAUUGUGACUGGGAUCUUGGCCAUCGUUGUCUUACUUCUUCUCUCCCUUCUCUUCCUCUUUUACCAAUGUUGGCAUCGGGUCAAACAUGGGAACAUUGAUUGUGAGACCGAGAACCAGGUGAAGUAUAAGAGCUCCUUCCCAGUCAUGGAUUUCCAGGAAGAAAAUCAAUAUGAUGUCUUAGAGGACAUCCAGCCUGAGAAGGACAGACAGAUGGCUAUGCAGGUCCCCAUAGAGGAAGACUCUCAGGAGGUGACCUAUGCUCAGCUACACCAGGAAACCCUUAGGGGGAACGUGGACACGCUACUCUCCCACACCCAUGAGGAUUCCUCUGGCCAGCCCUGUGUGUAUGCCACCCUCAACUUGUCCUGAGUUUAGAGCCAGGACUGGCUGUGUAGACUCCAGUGUUCAAGUGCUCCUUAAAGAAGGUCAGCUCCAUGGGGUGUCCUACUCAUGUUCCUCAACAUCAGCCAUCACCUUGGAGCUCCCCAAGGACUUAAGACUGGAGUCAACUUGUCAACUGUCAAGAAAUUCUGGGCCCCAUCAAAUAUCUCUCAACAGAUUCCUGGUCCCUUGUAUAUUUACCCAUUCAGUUGCCUAUUCAAGAUAUGUCGACAAAAGUCAACUCUUUCCUUGGAUCUGUGAUGGGGAUAUACAUAUUAUGAAGAUAUAGUUUUUAGUCUCAAGGACUCAUGAUUUAUUGAGUGAGGCAAGCCCAUGAUCUGACCCUUGGAAAGCAAAGGGGGUGACCCACUGGAACAGGUGUAAGGAUGCUUUGGGUCACUGAGCAGACACAAUGUCUAGGAAUGUUUAAAGAGCGCUCAUUGGUAUAAAAUACAAGGAGAAGUCAAGAAAUAAGAGUCAGUUUGGGCACAGAGGACAUUCCUAAUGGCAUUUUGGUACAAUGUUCUAGGUGUCGCUGAGAGUUGAAGCCUUCAAAGUACUGAAACUGAAUAAGGAAGCUUCUUUGUGAGGGAACCAAGUUGCAACCAAUUUGGCCACAGGAUG